GCAUUUCUCUGGUGUGGUAUAUAAAACCAGCAGCCUUUACAGUGACCGUUGUCAGUGAUCCGCCCUACACUGUCAGUGAACCAAGAUGGGUGUCUCAAGCAUUCAGCUGCUGUCAGUGCUGUUGGUCUGUGCAACCAAUGCAGAGAAAACUGAAGGAUCGUAUGCACUGAAAAUGUGGAGCAAUGAAGACCAGGCUCUACGGGAACAACUUACUUUUAUAUAUAAGGAAGUAGAAGGACUGCGAAAUGAUCAAAAUGUAAUGAAACAGAAACAAGAAGACAUGAUGCAGGCAGUGAGUCAGUGUACAGAAAUACAAGCACAAGCUGAGAAGGAGGUGAAUGUUACUUCACUGGGAAAAGGCAGUAUCUCUACACUGGAGGAGGAGGAUGACACUGAUGAAGGAUUUGAUCCAUGUAAGAAAUACAGUUCACUCAACCAAGACUGGAGAGCCACCAACUACAGCACCAAGAACGUGGCCUGCGAUCGCAAUAUGGAGUGGAAUGGCUGGUAUCGUCUGUUCUACAGGGGAAGAAGCAUCCAAAUGCCUGAGCUGUGUGUGAAGGCCGAAAGCUGCGGAACGCAUUCCCCACUGUGGUUAUCAGGUGGCCAUCCACGCAAACGUGACGGAAUUGUGACACGCAAAGUUUGUGGCAACUGGAACGGUAACUGCUGCAACUUCAAAUCCCCUCCCAUCCAAGUAAAAGCAUGCCAGGGCAAUUACUACGUCUACAAGUUUGUCAAGCCGCCGGCCUGUCAUCUGGCCUACUGUGCAGAUGUCAACACUCUUAUCUGUGGGAAAUGUAAGAAAUAUGAAAUUUGCACCAGCAAAGACAAGAUCAAGUGGUUUUGUAAGAAAUCAAAAAGAAGAGUGAAAGCUAAUGUGCAUUUCUUUGCUGCUUACCCUGGCUCACUGUCUGGCAAAGUAAACCGAAUCCUGUACAGUAAGGUGUAUGUGAAUGUUGGAAGGGCCUUCAGCAGUCGCACUGGUGUGUUCACGGCUCCAGUCACAGGUGUAUAUCAGUUCUUCUUCUCCGCUCAGUCUGACAGGAGUGGGCUUAAGACUAAAAUAUGGCUUGUCGUGAAUGGCUACUGGGUUGCUGUGUCUUACACUCAUGUCAGUGUCUCAAACACAGUUGGAAAUCUUUCAACAUACAUGACCACACUGCGCAAAGGUGCUUUAGUGUAUGUGACCCAUAACUGUGGCAAGUCCUGGGCCGACUCUGCUUCCAACACCAUUGUAUUCGGGGGGUCACUGCUUUUAGUACAAAGAUAAAGGGAAACAUUUAGCUACCAUAUCUUCAUCUUUAAUUUUUAUAACAAAGAUUGUGUAGCUUUUUCUAUGUCAUGUAAGCUAUCAUAAUAUACAGUGGUCAGGAGGGACCUAGAAUUUAAAAUUGGGAAUUAUUGUUUUCUAUAUGUGUGUGUGUGUGUGUGUGUGCGUUCAUAUAGUUCUUCAAAAAAACAAAAAACAAAAAAAAAAACCCACUUGCAUCUUUGAAUAUUUUCAUGCUUCAUUGUUUUGCUUUGGUUUCUUUUUACCUGCCUAUUUUUCAUUAAUUCAUUGUUGAUACUAAAACUAAUUCAUUUGAUUUCUGAUGAUGUGUCGAUCACAGCUGAAAAAUUCAUUCCUGCAUGCAUUUUGCUCUCCCUUUUUCUUAACUAAUAGGUCAAAUCUUCUGCGUACAGUAGUUAACUGGUUGCCUUAUUUCAUUGUGAUUCCUUGUUAUGAACAUGGUGGGGCAGUAAAGUAACUUCUGUGUUUAAUAGUUUGCACAUACACAAAAUGGCCCCUUAAACACAGGUACUUUAACCCACAUGUCAGGGAACCUGUAAUAAAUGUAGUAUUGUUCUUG